UAUCGUGACGUACUUCGCAGCUUAAUUUACGAAGGGGUGUGUGUCUACGACAGUUCAAAUGCUUUGCUUUAAGCCUCGCUGACAGAGAAACACCGGAAUCAAACGCAAACGCGACAGACAAUGAGGAGCAGUCAGUGUGAACGCGCAUCAUCGCACAGCACGAGCAACAGCGCGAGACAUCUGCACCUGAUGCUCGCACUGCUUUUCAUCUCUUUGAUACCAAUCACCAGAAGUGCUCCAGUACUCUUGAAUCAAUCAUCAAUAGAGCAUGACCAGUUAUUAACCCAGAUAACAACCCUCUGCUCGAUUUACCUCGCGGCAGACCAAUCCUUUAGAACAUCUGAUGUUUUGGGGAAUCUGUGUUUCCUAAUGCUGGGAUCACUGCAGAAAUCCAAGGAGAUAACAGCUCGGGAGACCAGCAAAAGGUUUUUAUUUCAUUACACUAAACCGAGUGGUGCUGGAUUAUCACAUGGGACGUCUACUGUAUUGCACCCUCUCCUGGAACUCAUACCCCAGCUUAACAGAAGAAGAAGCAGGAGAAUGAAAUUAAAUGAGGACCUUCAAACACCAGGGCGGAUCCAGAGCAGAGGGUACUUCCUUUAUCGGCCACGUAAUGGAAGAAGAUCUGCUGAGUAUGUGUAAAACAAUAGAGAAUUCAGUACCAACAGAACCCACCCUUCAGAUGUGUGAUACCAGAUCAAGAGAACCUUAAACGUCAUGUCAUUCAUUCCUGAAAUCCCCCUUUGUGAUUAUGAUGUCGAAUGUACAGACAGAAUCUAAAUAAAGUAUUUUAUUGGUCAAAACGUCCUGUUUGUAUACCUGUGCUCUGUCUUUUGAAUUAAAAGCAUUACAAAAUGUU